GAAAGUACAGCACUGCCAAGGAGGAGUUUUCGGUAUUUUGCGGAGGUAUCUUUUUAUUAUUUUGUCCACCCAACGGUAAAUAGAAUAUGUCGAAAAAUAAGUUAAAUUUAACGCUGCCUCCUGGAGCUGUAGAUGCAACAGUAGCCGCGUCACAGGUUGUACCAACACCGCCAUUCAAGACACCAUCAGGAACAGAAAAACAUAGUUUACUGGGGAAGCCGAAGACGAGCAUCGAGGCGCUAACGGAAACACUGGAAGAGUUGGAAAUGGAUGACUCCGCACGAAAUCGCAUUAAGGUGUUUCUUAGCCAAAAAGAGAAAAUCGGUGAACUUUCUGAUGAUGAUCUCGAAAAGUUGGGUGAACUUGGCUCCGGUAAUGGUGGUGUAGUUAUGAAAGUGCGUCACAUACCCACCGAGUUGAUAAUGGCACGCAAACUAAUACACCUUGAGGUGAAACCGGCAAUUAAAAAACAAAUAAUACGCGAACUGAAAGUGUUACAUGAGUGUAACUUCCCGCAUAUUGUUGGCUUCUAUGGCGCCUUCUACAGCGACGGUGAAAUCAGUAUUUGUAUGGAGUAUAUGGAUGGUGGUUCUUUGGAUCUGAUAUUAAAACGUGCCGGUCGCAUACCGGAAUCAAUACUGGGCAAAAUAACAGUAGCCGUGUUGAAGGGCCUCAGCUACUUGCGUGAUAAGCAUGCUAUAAUGCAUAGAGAUGUGAAGCCGAGUAAUAUAUUGGUGAACAGCAGUGGCGAGAUAAAGAUUUGUGAUUUUGGCGUGUCCGGACAGCUAAUUGAUUCCAUGGCCAAUUCCUUUGUAGGCACGCGCAGUUAUAUGUCGCCGGAGCGUUUACAGGGUACACACUACUCGGUUCAAUCGGAUAUUUGGUCACUCGGUUUGUCACUAGUUGAGAUGGCAAUUGGCAUGUAUCCGAUACCGCCACCCGACGCCAGUACACUGGAAGCGAUCUUCAAUGACGAUCCAGAGGAUGGACAACAAACCGUUGUGGAACCUAAAGUGAUGGCGAUUUUUGAGCUUCUCGAUUAUAUUGUCAAUGAACCACCGCCUAGGUUGGAGCACAAAAUAUUCACCGACGACUUUAAAAACUUCGUGGACAUAUGUCUGAAGAAAAAUCCCGAUGAACGUGCUGAUCUUAAAACACUACUGGAUCACGCAUGGAUACGCAAGGCUGAGGUUGAGGAGGUGGAUAUUGCCGGUUGGGUGUGCAAAACAAUGGAUCUGCCACCAUCGACACCGAAACGCAACACAUCGCCCAAUCAAUAAAAAAAAUAUAUAAAUACUAAUUUUUGAUAAUUAUAAUUAAUGUGCAUUUGCUUUAAUUUUUAUUUAUAUAUCCUUCCUAAUAAAUAUACUCAAUAACGAA